CUUUGCCCUGAGAUUCCCAUUUAGUUCUUUGGUGUUGAAAUUUUCGUUCUGGGUCUUGUUCACUUCUGUUAUUUGCUUGUAAUUUAUCGAAAUGGCGCUUGAGUCUUCCAUUCUGACUUUGCCUAGGUACAAUUCUUGCUCGAAAUCAUGGAGUUUCAUGUGUUGCAAUAGGCAAACAAAAUUUCCCAUGAAGGUUUUGCUGCAAAAUAAUCGAUACCCAUUUCAAUUGCGGUCGAACUGCAUUGGUAAUAGUGGUUUUAGGAGCUUCUUAGGUCCAAGAUGUGAAGGAGUUGACGUGUUGGUUAAUAGAGCUCGUUUGCAAGCUCUAGCUGAGGAUAAUGAGAGUUCGGGCAGUGCAGAUGUUGUUUCGGGUUCAAAGUUUGAUUUUGUUAAGGAAUUGGUAAAGUGCGGAAUUGUUUUGGCAGCCAUGGUUUGUGGGGUUUUAAUUUAUGGGUGCAGAAGAGCUUUUGCGGUGGAGGGUGUGGUGAAUGCAGGCUAUGGGGUUAUUGGGCAGAGCAUAUUGUUGCUCAGGAAUGCCUGGCCGAAGACAUUGCAGGUUCUUCAGCUCUUCAAAGAGCAGGGUUUGAUUUUGGCUUUGCUUUUGGGACUCUCAGCGUUUUUCUCAAUGGCGGAGACUUCAAUUACCACACUGUGGCCCUGGAAGGUGCGUGAGUUGGCUGAGAAAGAGUCUGAAGAUGGUGUCUUCAAAUUGCUUCGCAACGAUGUUACUCGGUUCUUAACAACCAUACUUAUUGGAACAACUGUUGUCAAUAUUGGAGCAACUGCUUUAGUUACAGAUGCUGCAACAGCAAUAUUUGGUGAAGCUGGUGUUAGCGCAGCAACAGGAGUAAUGACUGUUGCUAUUUUGCUCCUCACUGAAAUAACUCCCAAAAGUGUCGCUGUUCACAAUCCCACAGAGGUUGCAAGGUUUGUGGUUAGGCCAGUGGCGUGGCUCUCAUUGGUAUUAUAUCCUGUGGGAAGAGUUGUUACAUAUCUAUCAAUGGGGAUUCUAAAAAUACUCGGGUUGAAAGGAAGAAGUGAACCAUAUGUUACUGAGGAGGAGUUAAAACUGAUGCUGCGGGGGGCAGAGUUAAGUGGGGCAAUAGAGGAGGAAGAACAGGAUAUGAUUGAAAAUGUGCUGGAGAUAAAAGAUACACAUGUUAGAGAGGUGAUGACUCCUCUUGUAGAUGUAGUUGCCAUCGAUGCCAGUGCAACACUAGUUGAUUUUCACGACUUGUGGGUAACUCAUCAAUAUUCAAGGGUGCCUGUUUUUGAGCAGCGUGUUGACAAUAUAGUAGGAAUUGCAUAUGCAAUGGAUCUAUUGGAUUAUGUUCAGAAGGGUGAGCUACUAGAAAGUACUACUGUCGGGGAUAUGGCUCAGAAACCUGCUUACUUUGUGCCUGAUUCAAUGUCCGUCUGGAAUCUUCUUAGGGAGUUUCGCAUCCGAAAGGUUCACAUGGCUGUGGUUCUUAACGAAUAUGGUGGAACUGUUGGGAUAGUAACCCUGGAAGAUGUCGUUGAGGAAAUUGUUGGUGAAAUAUUUGACGAAAAUGAUUCAAAAGAGGAGAUUCAAAAAAAAACUGGCUACAUUGUAAUGCGUGCAGAGGGUAUAUUUGAUGUGGAUGCAAACACAUCUAUCGACCAGCUCUCUGAAGAUCUAAAUGUGAAGAUGCCUGAGGGUCAUCAAUAUGAAACAGUAUCAGGGUUUAUAUGUGAGGCAUUUGGAUAUAUCCCAAGGACGGGGGAGAGCAUCAAAGUAGUCCUUGAAAAGGAAAUUGAAGAGGAGAUUGAUGAGUCCAAGUCUGACAACCAGGAUAAAAAGGAUAAAAAUGAAAAGCACCAAAUUUUUAAAAUUGAGAUACUAGCAGGAAAUGCCAGAAAGGUCGGUUCUGUUCGAUUUGAAAGGAUAGAGAAUGAUGCUGCGACAGUGGAGACCAAAGAGGUGACCCGCUUGGUUCCCAAAAUCAUGAAAAGGAAGUGGAGUACUGAUCACGACUCAGAUGGUACAGAGUAUGACGAGGAUUCAUUUCAAAAGAAACCACAGAAUACAAUAUCUGAUGAACAUGAAGACAAUGUUGAUAAUCUCAGUAUACAUUAGUUGCAUUGCUUGCGAUUCCCUUUUUCACGGAAUCAUAGAAGAGGUAAAGAUUGAGUAACAACGAAAAUCAGGAAAGAAUAUUGUAAAAAAAAAAAAAAAAAAAAAUCAUUUGAGUGCUGAAAUUUUCACUUUUGCCUAUCCUGAUACAUGUCUGGUAUUUGAGGACUAUAAGUUUGCCAACUGGAUUCCUAUGAUCCUGACAUCAAUAUGUGGUAGAUAGAGCCAGCUUUAAGGGAGAUGGCCUAGGUGGAGUAGCUCAUUUAUACCGUCACCGCAUGGAGCUUCCCAUUUUGUGAUUAGCCUUGAGCUCCCUCUACUGUCAAAAGUUAUAAACCUAGAUGUGGAUGUAACUUGUCGAUAUGACUGGGGAGUGCUCUUUAAAAAGGCAGAGGUUGUCUGUAUAAUAGUAUGUUCUGAAAUCAUUCAAUUAUCUUCAAAGCCAGGGUUUGCAGGACCUUUUUUCUUUCUUUUUCAGGAAGCCAUGAAAUGAUGAUUGUUUGAGUUGUUUGAGCCAGCCAAGUCAUAAAAGAAGUUUGACUUGCAGUUUGUAGUUUUUAUGGAAUGAUAGGAUUUCAAAAUGUCAAUCUUGUGUCGAA